GCGGGGCCCCCCCAAGCCGCAGCCCCGCGCCUCCGGCAGCAGCGGACCCCGGAGUCAGCCGGGCGUCGCAGGGCGCUCGGCCCCCUCCCCGUUCCCGGCCGCGGCGGAGGGUGCCCGGCCGCGGCGCAUAAGGCUAAGGCUUUCCGACUUCAGCUACAGUGCUAGCUAAGUCGGGGAAGGCAACACGGAGCGAAGCCGCGCGUCCCCCGCCUCCUCCGUGCAGCGGGCUGAGGCAGCGGCGCAGCGGGCCGGCAUGGCGCGGCGAGCGGGGCCGGCGGGCGAGCGGCGGCGCGGCGGAUCCGUGCUUGCCUUCUUUACGUCUGCAAAGUUCCUUCUUUAUCUUGGGCAUGCACUGUCCACUUGGGGAGAUCGUAUGUGGCAUUUUGCUGUGUCUGUAUUCCUGGUUGAACUUUACGGAAACAGCUUACUCCUGACGGCAGUCUACGGACUGGUUGUGGCGGGAUCAGUUCUUCUCCUGGGAGCCAUUAUUGGAGACUGGGUGGACAAGAACUCCAGGCUCAAAGUGGCCCAGACAUCCUUGAUUGUACAGAAUGCGUCUGUCAUCCUGUGUGGUAUCAUCCUGAUGGUUAUCUUCUUGUUUAAGACUGAGCUUUUGACCUUAUACCAUGGAUGGCUUCUGACGAUGUGCUAUAUCCUGGUUAUCACAAUAGCAAAUAUUGCCAAUUUGGCCAGCACUGCCACAGCCAUCACAAUUCAGAGGGACUGGAUUGUUGUGGUUGCAGGGGAAGACAGAAGCAAACUGGCAGAUAUGAAUGCCACAAUAAGAAGAAUUGACCAGUUGACCAACAUCCUGGCCCCAAUGGCAGUUGGUCAGAUAAUGACGUUUGGCUCCCCGAUGAUUGGCUGCGGAUUCAUUUCUGGCUGGAACCUGAUGUCAAUGUGUGUGGAAUAUCUGCUGCUCUGGAAGGUUUAUCAGAAAACCCCUACCCUGGCUCUCAAAUGUGCAAAAGUUGAAGAAUCGGAACUGAAACAGCUGAAUGUGAAGAAAGAGAGUGACACGAAACCAGCUGAAGGAGUGCAGUUAAUUGUUGAGAAAGAUGUAACUGGCUUUGAGCGCCAACAGGAGAAGGAGAUCGGCUGCGCUGCCCGCAUCGCCGAACCUUUCAUCACGUUCCGUGAUGGAUGGGUGGCGUACUACAACCAGCCGGUGUUCCUUGCCGGCAUGGGUCUUGCAUUUCUGUACAUGACUGUUCUGGGCUUUGAUUGUAUCACCACCGGCUAUGCAUACACCCAGGGCUUGAGUGGCUCUGUGCUGAGCCUCCUGAUGGGUGCCUCGGCAGUCACUGGAAUCAUGGGAACAGUAGCUUUCACUUGGCUUCGUCGCAAAUGUGGCCUGGUUCGCACGGGCCUCAUUUCUGGAGUUGCUCAGUUUGCUUGUCUGGUUUUAUGUGCCAUCUCUGUGUUCAUGCCUGGAAGUCCUAUGGAUUUGACUGUUUCCCCGUUCGCUGACAUCAGUGCCAGGCUGUUUGAAAGUGAACGAUUACCUACUAUAGCAUCUCCAGAAGACAAACCUGGAAUGGUUUUUGCAACUGGAAUGCCCAACUUGUUAAACGGGUCUACUACUCCUGCUAACAGCGACCCAGAGAUGAGUCCUGAGCCUGUGCCUUUAAUCUCUGUUAGUCUCCUGUUUGCAGGAGUCAUUGCUGCUAGAGUUGGCCUUUGGUCCUUUGAUUUGACUGUCACACAGUUGCUCCAAGAAAAUGUGGUAGAAUCUGAAAGAGGUAUCAUAAAUGGUGUCCAAAACUCCAUGAAUUAUCUUCUUGAUUUGCUGCACUUCAUCAUGGUCAUCUUGGCCCCGAACCCUGAAGCUUUUGGCUUACUGGUGCUUAUUUCUGUGUCUUUUGUUGCAAUGGGCCACAUCAUGUACUUCAGAUUUGCCCAAAAAAGCUUGGGAAAACAACUUUUUGUUUGUUGCACUCCUGAUCCCAAAGCAGUCUCUGACGGUUCACCACCUGGUAAUACAUCUACUGUCUGAAAGGAUCCACUUCUUACUAACCUGCUACAGGAAUAUCAUGGCUAAACACAUGCUGCCUUCUGUGACCCUGCCUAAGGUGUUUCUCUAGAGUUGAAUGCAGAAGUUAGCUGUUUGAGGAUGCUGUCCCAAGAGAGCUAAAAUUCAUCUCAGUUUCAUUUUUACACUUUUAGAAAAUCCAGUGUAGUUGGAUCUUGACAGCUGGUGUUUCAAAGGAUCCCGCAAGUCAUACAUCUAGUACUUAUUUGAUCGCAAAAAAAGGUGAAUUUGUGUUGCUGACCCCCACAGCGAUACUGUUUAGUGGGUAUACGUACUCAAUUUCUUCAUGAAUUCUGAACAAUUCUUGUUUUCAUAGAGAAAAAUGAGAGGAAUCUUUUAUUUAGUUGCUUCAGAGUAACUUGAUAUACAGUAUUUAGUUUUCUGGGUUUUUUUCUUUUUUUUUUUUUUUCCCCCCCCAUACCAUGAAUAGUUCUGCUCCCCUAUCUUCGCAAAUUGGUAUAAACAUCCUGCUUGGAUUCCUGAAGUGGACUCCAAAUGCCAAUAUUUUCCCCAAACACCUGUUUAGUAUUCUAUCUGUUUUGGUUUAACUUUAGAGAAACACUUCUGUAGUUUUGUGUGUUGCCUUACAAAUUAGACAAGUGCUAGGUACAGGAUAUUGUAUUACACUUUUGUUGCACUUGAUAACAUAACACAUAGCCUCAUUUUAACAGUUGCUAUUAAUGUAACAUUAUAAAGCAUGGCUUUUUUUAAUUGCAAGUGACAGGUCUGCUCGGAUUUGAUGUAGCAGAAAGUGCUAAGGUCAGGAGUACUGGUACAGAAAGAUAAAGUCUAGGGCUAACUUAGUUUUUGCCUCAGAGUACAAGCAGCUGUAGUUUCUUUUGAACACCUUUUGUUUUCAGAAACCCUAUUAAAACCUGACAUAUUGAAAAUUAUUAGUAUUCCAGACAAAAGAAGCCGGAAAGUGGAUUUCUUGCAUUUAGCUGUCUUACAUGUGUGUGAAUUUUGACUUAGUUUGAUACUGCUAAGACAAUGGGAUGUUGGACUGCGUGGCCCUCUAAAGCAACUUCAGACUGAUGAAGAAUGUUAUGUCCCUCUGAUUUUCAAGAAGUUCUUGUGUGGUGUUUUUUUGACCCUGCACGUGUACUAACACAGUACUUUAAUAGUCAUUAACCAUACGUGCACUUUUGUAGGAACUACUCUACGCACUUUGCUUUCGCAGUGGAGUUGAACCUGGUGGUGUUCUGAGUUUUCCUCUGGCAUGACAGUAUGACUUCUGAACUUCAAUCUUUGUACAAUGUUUGUUUGCAAAAUAAGUGGUAUGCAAAAACAUAUGACAACUUGCAAAAAGUGUCCUCUGACUUUUAAGGCUUUUUGUAUUUUAGGUACUGUCCUUCACACAGUCAUCUGUGUUGCCAGCCUUCAACCCUGGAAUGUAAGUGUGUGAACUCUGUUGACACUGAAGGUGUUACACCAGGGCUGAACCUAGGCCAUUCAUCAUAAAAUUUGCAAUGAAUUACAUUAUAUAUCAAACUAAAUAGAAUUUAAACAAAAACCUCUAGAGGCUUUUGUCUCAAAUUACAAUAUUUUGUAAGGGGAGGGGAAGUGAAGGAGUAGGAAGCCAAUGUACAGCCAAUGCACUUGUAGCUCUCAGUAUUCAACAACUGGAUGUAACAAUCUUCCUCCUCUUAAUGGACCAAAUGUAGUCAUUACUGCUAUGUUACUGAAAGUUUCUCAGGGAUGUUUUCACUAGGUUUAUAAGUGUUUAUACUUUGACCAAGCUUUUGGGUUUUGAUAUAAUCAAGUAAAAUAUGUAAAUUAGAAUAGCUUUGAAAUUUGUGACUCAGGACUGAGUGUAGCUUCUUAAGGAAAAGGGAAUUUUGCCAUCAGCAGAAUUUGAGUCAGAAGACAAAACAAGCAUAUCUACAUUUGUAGAAUAAAUAUGCCCAAAGGAGGAUAGCUUAUACACUAUAAGUACACUAGUAAAUGAAAUACCUCUGAUUUGCCAAAUAUGUUUUCUUAUGUGUAUCUAAUCUAAAUUGGGACCAGAUUUUAAUACUGCCGAACGUAAAGGUAGCCUGAACGUCAGUGAAUGCCUCUAUAUGCACUUUGAACAUCGGAAUGCCACUGUAUAUAUUGGAUUCACUGGCCAUCAGGGAAGCCAAGCUGGAAAUGCAGCUUCUUGUGGGCUGUCUGUAGCCUACAGAACCCAGUGUGCCUAAAGCUUAAUGCUGCAGCACUAAGCACCACACAUCCCAGAGAGGAUGUAUUCCUCUAGAGUGCUCUAAAAACAUAACAGAACUGGGAACAUACCAUGUUCCCAUGUGUUCCUAAAAUUUUGGGGUUUUUUUUAUUCCAAGAGUAAUGUAGUCUUGAGUUGCAUAGAAAUUUGUUGCAUGAAUGGAUCCACUAGAUAGUGCAGUCUGAAUCUCGAGCCAAAAAAAAAGCAAUGGAGGGACUGGACCUUGGUAUUUUGUACACAUAAUAUUGCUAGGAUUUGUUUUUGGAUACAUGACUGGAAGGCAAGACAAUCCUAAAAGAGAAGAAAGGUGGAUACUAGCUUUAAGAAGAAUAAAGAUGUAUAAAUUGGAAAUCUUGUUAUGUAUUGGUCUGAGUUGGAUGUCAAAAAAAAAGUACGCUGCUUGAGCACAACCCAUUUGUGUAUAAGUCUUUAAGAUGUAUGCAGACACCUGUACUGAUUAGUGCUUUGAAGCAAUGUGGAGCCUGAAGUCUUACUUAGCAGGACUUUCAUUAAGUAAGCAUUUUUGGCCUUGUAUUUAUUUAUUUUUUUUCUAAAAUGUAUCCAAUUUGGAUGAAAACUGCCUUAAAAUGUACGCACUAGAAAUCAAUCUUACCAGAAUAGCAUAUUUUAUUAUAAAACCUUAUGCUGGACAUAGUAUUGAUUCAUGUAUUGCUGUUGUUAAAGCUAAUGAAUAAAUUUGCAUAAAAUAUUA